AUGGCGGCACUGUUUGUGAAGAAGAGCGGUCAAAUUCGAGUAACCAGCGCCGUUUCGGAAACAACCACCAGUCCGCUGAAUCAUGCCGUUAUCAUGGCCAUUGAUCAGGUGGCAAACAUUCACAGAGACGUUAAAGAUGGUGAAAAAACGGUAGACCCCGAUUUACGCCAUUUCGAAGACGACUACCUGUGCACCAACUACGACUGCUACUUGAGCCAGGAUCCGUGCAUCAUGUGCGCAAUGGCCCUAGUGCACUCGAGAGUUAAGCGAGUUUUCAUCUUCAACCAGCCGUCUGAUCAGCGAGCUGAAGAGUGUGACGACGAAGCUUAUCACCUGCACAAACUGCACCUACUGCCCAAUUUGAAUCACAAGUACGAAGUUUGGAGGCUUUCCACGAGUUCAGUUGAGAACUCAGAUGAAAGCUAUCCUAGCAAAAGGGUCAAGACUAACUGUGAUUCUAAAUGA